AUGGCCUUGGGGUCAUCUCAACUCUCAUUUGAGCAAUUCUGCACAAGCGGAUUAGAGGGAUAUGCCAAAGCAACUAACCAUGGGCAAUUUACCAUUACUAAUGUAACUUAUAUUCCAACGGCGGCAAUUUCGCUUUCAAAUCUCUCGCCGACCAAUUUGACAAACGCGGCUGCAUUCUGCCGAGUCUUUGCGUCUGUCCCGUAUCCAAAGGACAACCACGUCAGUUUUGAGGUUUGGCUACCUGACAAGGUGAAUUAUAACGACCGCUUCCUAUCUGUCGGAAAUGGUGGCUUUUCAAGCAUCAUCGACGAGAUCUCUCUCACCAAUGCAAUUAAUUCCGGCUAUGCUUGUGCAGGAGGAAACACUGGACAUCUAGAUAGCGACAACAAUGGAGGCAGCGGAGCCCCGGGCGUUUAUCUACCAUUUUUGCACGACAAAGAGCAGGUCGAAGCUUGGAUUCACAACUCCAUCGCCAUGUUCACUUCCGCAGCCAAGGAUAUUGUGAAGAAAGUAUAUGAACGUGCACCAAAAUAUUCGUACUAUCAAGGAUGUUCGACAGGAGGAGCUCAAGGCUUUGCUCUUGCCCAGUUUCAUCCUACUCUUUUUGAUGGUAUAGUAGCUGGAUCUCCGGGGAACUGGUAUUCACAUCUUGCCUUAUCAUUUCUAUGGAAUAGCGUUGAUAAUACGAGCACGUCCUACUUACCUCAAGAAUCUCUGGAUUUAAUCACACAGCAUGUCUUGGAUAAAUGCGACACUUUGGAUGGCGUCAAAGAUGGCGUCAUUGAGAACCCACUGAUUUGCGAUUAUGAUAUCUCGAAUCUUCAGUGUCAAAAUUCUCACAGUUCCAACUGUCUUACAAAGCAGCAGAUUGCCCAAGUCAAGAAAAUCUACCAAGGCCCGAAGAAUUCGCAUACAGGUGCCAGCUCAUAUCCGGGCUUUUCUGUAGGCAGCGAAAAAGCAUGGAUACAGCAGGAGAGUGUUCUCGCAGACGCUUUCGCAAUUCCCAUCCUCCAGAACAGGGUUUUUGACAACUUGUCAUAUGAUGCGACAACCUUUGAUUGGAAUCAUGAUGUCAAGGCGCUAGAUGAGACCGUUGGCAUUCUUAUUGAUGAGAUCACCCCGAAUCUCUCAGCGUUCAAAGCUCACGGCGCCAAGAUGGUGGUGACCCAGGCUUGGACAGACCCUCUAAAUGCCGCACUUUGGCCAAUAAAGCAUCGUGAACAACUCCAACAGGCCAUGUCUGGGAAUAUUGAUGAUUGGUUUGGGCUAUUCAUGGUUCCUGGGGGCGGACACUGCGGCUCUAACCCAGCCUACCCUCAAGUACCGGGAACUUGGCAUUCGCUCGACACCCUUGUUAGCUGGGUAGAGCACGGCCAGAAACCGACUCAGAUGCUGAGCACUCAGCCUGCUGACGGAACUAAUAGAACAAGGAAGUUGUGUCGGUGGCCGAUGGUAGCACAUUACAAAGGUGGCAACCCAGAUGACUGGACAUCAUAUUCUUGCCAGUGA